AUGGUGCUGCGAGUUGGCGCGGAGCCUGAGGUGUCUCUCGCGUUCGAGAAUUUUGUUGCCCAAGGUCCUUUUUCCAUCGGAUUUCUUUUGGGAUGCAGUUACGAGAAUCGGCACAAGAUAAUCCACGUUGCCCCGGUGAAUCAGCUGACGGAAGAUGAUGAAGACAAAGCCAAGCGGUCCCGUGUAACAGUAGAGGAGUGUUCAGGAGGGUCGAUGGAGAUGGAUGAGUUGAAUCCCGGAAGAACGUCGUCGAAUAGUUCGCUGGAAUCUGACGCAAGUGCCCCCAGCUCCACCGCUUCAAAUGUUCAGGACGUGAAAGUAUCCCUUGUUGCUGAACAAGCUGUUCAGUUCAUGCGCUUGUUGCCUGGAAGGUUUCGCAUUCUCGGACUGGCUGUCGUUUCGAAGGCCAACAUCAUCGACGCUGGCAACCGAAAGGAUAUUGCGAAAGUUAGUGCCAUAUUGGACGCUAUUCGCAAGGCGAUCGAAACCAGUUGUGUGUCUUGGUCUCUCGAUGAAGGGAUGGACCUUUCGGAGUGGCUCUUGGCCGCCGCAGAUUCGACUACUUGUCGGUUCAAGUUCGUUUUCGGAGGCUCUCCGUUUCUGGAUACUUACAAACCGUGCGACUGCAAAAUUUCGAACGAACCGACGAAAUGGCACGAGUUCAAAACGAAGGUUGCGGUCGACUGGAAAUUUUUCAUUCCGUCGGAAAUCCGAGACCAGUCUCUUUUCAAGCAGUUCAGGGCAUGCUUGAAGCCUUACGUGACGGAGGUGAAAGCCGCGCGUUGUUUGCUGGACGGAUGCAUGCGAGAUAAUUCUGAUGUGAUCGAACCUUCGUCAAAAAACGAGAAGAAGAAAGCCUUUUCGUCAGCAACUGUGCCGUUCAUUCAGCACAAUCGUUCUCAUCGAGUGGAUUUCUUGAUUGAUCCGGCCUGCGGUGAUUCCAAGUCGGAUUUCAUCAGAUACUACGAUGAUUCGGUGGGAUUUAUGCACAUUCGAGGCUCCAUAGUCAGUCGCGCAUUCGGCGAAGGGAAAAUCACCGUGGAAAGAGCUCUAUCAGUGAGAUUGAAAUUUCGUGCUCAUCGUGUUCUUUCUCUCGCCCUGUCAGGAGUAAGUGUUGCUCUGGAUAUGGUCGUCGAGGAUGGGGAUGCUUCGGAUGGUGGUAAUUUGCCUCACGCUUCUUGUCACGUUUUCUUCGCCGUUUGCCUUUUCCGGUUUUGCUCGUUAACUGAACCAGCCAGUCCUCGACGGGGAUCCGAGUGCACGACCCCCAAGGUUCUGCUUUCGGAUUACUUGUUUCCCGGGGAAGGAUCCGAGGAUGCGUGUCGAAGCUUGAGCCACGUUUUGGGGAUCAAUUUGAAUGAGGAUCACGUGAUCAGUGGCUCUGAAACGGUCGCUUGUGAGAAGAUUAAAAUGAUCGAACGACGUACGAGCGAGCUGAUGAAAGAAGUGGAAUCGGCUCAGGGCUCUGAAAAGGGCGACGCUUCCGACGCCUGCAUGAUUGAAGACUCUAUCGACGAACGGAGACAAGAACGGGGCGGAGAAGGUCGAUUGGCGUGCGAAACUGUUCGCUUUCGACAAACUGCACUCGUCGGUUGCGUCGCAAUCCUCGCGUCUCUGGUCUUGUGGAUGUACGGCAAAAUAUUCGCCGCUUAACCCAAAGUCUCGCAAAAAUGUUCGGCAAGUUGUUUGAAGAAAUGUUCCGAUGAGAAGGAUUUCUCGGUCGGCGUUGGACACUUUUUUUUUUCGACGGUGUCAUUUUUCCUCCUGAUUUCGGGAUUUCUGUGGAUUAUCCAAGGAUGAACAGAAGAAAAAAAAAUCUCAUCAGAGAAUCCACACGACCGAGUCGUGAUUUUGCAUUUGAGGGAUAAGUGAUCGUGUGUGGUCCUUGCAGUGUUGUUUUCUUUUUCUUCGUGACUGGGCAGUUGAGAGCUUGCUGAAAAACACCACGUUUUUGUGCGGAAAUCAAAGAGAAACCGCAUCACUUGUCUUGUCUGAUGCGGUUUGAUGAGUCAAUCCCAUUGAAGCAUUUUCGAAGCGCUCGAAUUUGAAAGAAUCUUUCAAAACCUUGAACAAUAUUUGUAUUUAUUGCAGUGAGGUCCGCGGGCCAGAUCUGGCCCGUAUAGACUUUUCAUCUGUCCUGGGUUUCUUGUUCAAGGUGGCAGUCGCCAAUAUCCAAAAUAUAAUGUGAAAGAUGAAUUCGAAAUGUUUCUGCACGCUUGAAAAUUUUAGAAGGCUAUGCUUAGAACUGAAUUAAAUUUGAAACUUUACAUUUUGAUAGGGCAAAAUUUAGAAACUCAAACAUCGUUGUCUAUUGUGGCCCUCAAUGACUGUCCAUCCGUGCAAUGUGGCCCUUGACCAAGAAAAAAAUUGAAGUGGCCCUUCCAUAGCGCUGAUUUCUUGCCAAGAAUUUUCAAGUCAAUGAUGAUGAAACAUUUUUUGAUCUUUCAAUAACUUUCAAAAAUAUUCAUUGCAAGGGAUAGUAAUAUUCUGAGCUUGAAUUUUUUUUUAAGCUGGGAACUCUUCUCUCGUGUUGGCAUUUUAUAUCCACGCUGUUUUUAUUCGUGUGCUCUUUUUGGCACUCGCUCUACUGCCCAGUCACAGAGUUUUUGCCGUUCGUUGCAAGCAAUCAAGAAGAGCCUUCUUGAAGAAUGAAAAAAAAGAAAGCUAGUGAUGAAGAAUGACUUGUGAUGAAAUCAGCGUAUUUUUGUCGGGACUGAAAGUGGUGAUGGUCAGGCGCUUCCGAAUUAUCGUGCGUUUUUUUUCUUUUUCUGGAGAUUUAGGGUGGGAGGGAUGAAUUUUCGUUUUCUCUCCUCUCGGCCUUUUUCUCGAUGUAUCCCUGACCUGAUCACGUGUUGGUAUUUUAGCGGACGUUUGGGAGAAAACAAUGAAAACACUAUUAUUUGAAAGGCUACUGGACAAUUUUUUGCAAGUUGAGGAUCAGUAUGCAAGAGUUUUUCCCAGUUCUGCGCGGCAUCCGGUAUUUUUCAACAUCGUCGAAGUAUAAAUGUUCCUCCAAUGUUUUCUGGUGAUACAGGAAUUUUUUUUAUCGCUAAAAUGUCUUCAGUAUUUUUUCUGGAUGCAGCCUGUAUAUGAAUGCUGAAAGUUUCCUGGUGCAGCC